AAUAAUCUAAGAAUCAAAAAAAAAAAAAGUAAUGGCGAAAGAUAAAGAAUCUGUGUUUCUUUUCUCAGAUCACUAUGAAGCAUCAUUAUCAUCAAGAUCAAGUAAUCCACCUCUUAAAGAAUAUAUAGACUUGGAGCUUUCACUUGCUCCUCCGGGCUCAUCAAGAAAUACUAGGUCAUCUUCUUCUCCCGAUAGUCAUUCUUCCACACCUAAUGAUGAUCCUGGUCGUAGUACUGAUAAUGCUGUUAUGCCUCCUCCUCUUCCUCGAUUAGGUGAUCAAUAUAUUAGGUCAUCCCCCCAUGAUAUCUGUGGGGGUGGUGUUAACCCUGGUGAUGGCGAGCCGGCUGAUCAAGGAGUUGUUAUUUCGUACAUACCAAAGAAUGGUGGUACAUGUGGUGAUAUUCCUGACAGUGGUGGUAUUGGUGUUGGUGUUGCAAAUAUCCCCAUCAGUGGUGGUUUUGUUAGUGUUGGGUUCAACAGUGUAAUGCCUAAGGAUGAGGGUUUUGGUGGUGGUUUCAAUGGAGUUCCUAUUCAUGGUGGUAGUGGUGUUGCCAUACGUAACAAUAGUCGUCGGCAAGCAAGAGUGCGUGUACGACCAGAGAAUGAGAAUGCGGUUGAUGUGGUUGUACCACCAUUCGAGUGGGCGACGAAUAGAUUUGCAAAAAUCCAUAAGAGGGAUGAUCUAAUAUCAAAAGGUAUACAUACAAUUAGCGGUGAAGUUCAGUGCAAAAAGUGUGAGCAUCGAUGUACCCUCGAGUUUGAUCUACAGAGUAAAACAUUGGAGGUUGGUUCUUUCAUUUACCACAACAAAGAGAAUUUGUGUCAUCGAGCUACAGAUAAUUGGAUGUCACCUAAUCUCGAAACCUGUCCUAGCUGUGAUCAACCAAAUUCAUUGAAACCGAUAAUACCAUCUGAUAAGGGAAUGAUAAAUUGGCUCUUCUUGCUCUUGGGUCAAAUGAUUGGGUGUUGUACUCUUGAGCAAUUGAAGUAUUUCUGUGACAAAAACUCUCUUCACCGUACUGGAGCCAAGGAUCGUCUUAUUUUUCUAACUUAUCUCUCACUAUGCGAACAACUUGAUCCAACCGGUCCUUUCAAGCUCAAUGGAUGUUAAUUAGGAGAAGCGAGCUAGACUCCGAUCACAUCGCCUUCUACAUCUAUCAUGCAGGUCUUUUAGAUUUCUAAGUCAGUAUAACUAUGUUUUUUCUUAGGGAUUUGGGGU